AUGGGUCGCGUUCGUACCAAGACCGUCAAGAAGUCCGCCAAGGUCAUCAUUGAGCGUUACUACCCCAAGUUGACCCUCGAUUUCGAGACCAACAAGAGAAUCUGCGAUGAGAUUGCCAUCAUUGCCUCUAAGCGUCUCCGCAACAAGAUUGCAGGUUACACUACCCAUUUGAUGAAGCGUAUUCAGCGUGGUCCCGUCCGUGGUAUCUCCUUCAAGCUUCAAGAAGAGGAGAGAGAGCGCAAGGAUCAAUACGUUCCCGAAGUGUCUGCUCUUGACUUCAGCCAAAGCGAAUCUGGACAGCUCGAGGUCGACAGCGAGACAAAGGAUCUGCUCAAGAACCUUGGUUUCGACUCCAUCCCAGUCAAUGUCGUUGCCGUCUCCCAACAACAAACCGUCGAGCGCCCUCGCCGAUUCAACGACCGCCCUGCACGAACAUAA